AUGGCAGCCCUCCUCGUUGUUGCUGUUCUCGCUGCAAUUUCGCACUCGGAGGCCGUCAAGGCCAACUCCGUUUCUUUCGCCUCUGAGUAUCGGCAUCCUCCCAACGGUAUUUGCGUCGACUACACCAUCAAGCAAGAUGUCACUUCUACUAACUACAUAUGGGACUUGGAAAAGUUCACGAGCAACUUCGACACAAUCGAAUUUCUUACAGAACUCGCCAGGAAAGACAGCAAGACCGUCUAUCAUCCAGUGAGCAGCAACCCAAAGAAUGAAACAAAAACCUAUGAGGUUUCAGCUACGUUCUGUUCGCCAAAGAAGGCAAACUACGGAAAGGACAAGAUUGUCUUACUCGCUACCCAUGGUCUGGGUUACGAUAGACGGUACUGGGCCUCUGCGUGGAAACCAAAGGACUACAGCUUCGUCGAUUUUGCUCUCGACAAAGGAUACUCCGUCUUCUUCUAUGACAGACUCGGGGUUGGGAAAUCGCAAAUCGUCUCAGGCUACGUAAAUCAGGGCUCAAUCCAACUCGCUUUACUGGAACGACUUGUUGAGCUGGUUCGCGCAGGCAAAUACACAGGUUCUAUAGGCAAACCCAAGAACAUUGUCCUUGUAGGCCAUUCUUUCGGAUCCUUCUUGUCGAAUGCGGUCAUAAGUGAUCAGCGCAAUCUUGUCGAUGGCGUUGUACUCACGGGUAUUGCCUAUGCGAAUGCAACCGAUCUAGCCACCGCUGAUUCUGGAUGGGGCUUGGAAGCCUUCGCCGCCCGCAUUGCCAAGUUCCAGGACAAGAAAUGGUCAAACCGCGACACUGGCUAUCUCAAUUUCGGCGACAUCUACGGACACGUCAACGGUUUCUUCAAGGCACCCAACUACGAUAUUCCGACAGUUGAAUACGCGCAGGCGAUCGCGCAACCGUUUGCGGCGCUCGAAUUUGUUUCGACAAAGUUGUUCAAUCUAAAUGCUUCGGCUUUCAAAGGGCCAGUGAUGGUCACGGCUGGAGAGAAUGACUUGCUUUUAUGUGGUGGGGAGUGCAAGAGUACGUUUAGCAGCGGUGUUGCUGAGCAGACUUUCAAGAGCUCAAAGGAUUUAAAUCUCUAUGUCCACCCUGGGGCUGGUCAUGGCGUCAACUUCGGGUUCAACGCGACUGUGUUCUAUGGAAAGAUUACGGCAUUCUUAGACAAGAACUUCUAGGUGUACGAGAGCUGGAAAGAUUGCGACGCAGUCGUGGUAAGCAAAAAUAGAUGAAGAUGUGUGAAGGCUUACGGGGUAUGAUGCGAGUAUUCAGAAGAGAGAGGCGAGAGUCACGAUGCUUUCGUGAAUUAGUUGUUGGCAGAUUCCUCUUCGAUAGACUCACUCGUUUCUCUUUCGUAUAUAUUUCACUUUAUUCCAUUUUUCAACACUAUUACUACCUCUUAUUUUAGGUACAGUAUUGGAACCAGGACAUUGGCACAUCGAAACACUAACAUCGCUCGCUCGCAGUACAUAAAAGACAAGCAGAAACUCAAAACGCUAAAUCCACAAGCAAAAUCAAAAGAAAUC